AUUCUGUUGGAACUGUUAGAAGAGGGAGGAAGUGAUCGCAACCUAUGCUGUUCUUGCAGAGGCAGAGCAGCAGCAGAGAGGAUCAGGUAAGCCUGGCAGGGCUGCCUGCAGCUUUGGACAACACACUCAUGGUCCCCAGGAGUGGCCUCCAGCAUGCAGCUGGCACCUCCUACGGAUACAAACUGCAGUGCCUCUGGACCCAGGUGAGACAGAUUGCCAGGGAGAGGGACAAGGCAAGGCUCAAUUUGGAGAAGGCAGAGAGACACUGCUUGCAGCUGGGCAGAGAGCUGGAUGAGCAGUACAUUGCUCUUGAGCACACCCAGAGUAAGAUCAGGGAUUUUCAGGCAGAAAUAGAGGCAAAAGAGCUGCUUUUGCAGCAAGCAGUGAGUCACCAGGCGAAGCUGGAAGCUGAUACACGGCUCCUCCAGGGCAAAGAGGCCAACCUGCAGGGGAGACUGAACCAUGUGAUGAACGAGAACACACAGCUACAAAACAAGGUCACAGAGAUGGCUGAGAAACUGUCAGCCUCUGAGGAAAUGGUGUUGGAGCUGCAAAAAGAACUCAGCCACAUUGUGAAGGAUAAGCUGGAGCAGGGGGAGGCCCACAGCCCAGAGUCCCUGAAGCAGAGUGAGCGCUUUGCUGAAAUUAUCCUGGAGUACGAGCGGCAGUGCCAGAGAAUCAAGGUGCUGUACAAUCAGAACGGAGCACUGCGAAGGGAGCGGCAAAGGCUGCACCUGCAGCUGCAGGAGAGCAGAGCUGAGGGAGGGCUGCCAGCAGCAGAAAUGUCACUCCCAGUGGAGCAGCUCCAAAAGCAGCUGCAGGACCUGAAGGUGCAGCUGGAAACCAAGGAAAGCUUCAAGGCUGAGAUGUGCAAGAUGGAAGGCCAGGAAAGAGAUCUUGAAGAAACAGUUGCAAACGUUGCAAACCUGGGCUAUAAUAAUAAUAGCCUGAAAGAGCAAAAAUGGGAAUGGAGCCUGGAGCUGGAGGAGAGGUUUGAGAUGGAGCAGACUAUAGUGGGACAGCAGCACACGGAAGACAUUUGUCAUCCAGGGCAGUAGCUGGACUAAGGCAGAGAAGAAAUAAAGAUGCAGUGCAGGGACAAACUGAGCCUGAGGGAAAACAGGAGUGAGUUGGGUAGAGAGAAGGUGGAGGAGCUGGCUGAAAUAAGUGAGAAGGGCAAAGAGGAGCUCUCUCACCUGGAUGCCAAGAUGCAUCAGCUGGGCUGUGAACCCCCUGAGUACAAGGCUGGUCACAGUGAUGGCCUUGGCACUGCCCAGCUGCAGAGCCAGAGGCUUCUGGAGGCUGUGUGGCUACGAGGAGCAGAGAUUGCUGCAAGGCUGGAUCACCACCAGAGGCAUGCAGCAUGUUCGAUGGAGAUGGAGCUGCUCCAACAGCAGCUCCACGCCUCGCAGGAAAAGCUGUAACCAGCUGUCAACCUUUCUGUUAAAGCUUUUGGAAGCCUGGCCCAGGCACAGCACACUCUGCAGCUGCAGCAGGCCAAGGCCCAGAAAAAAAUGGUGCCAAAGAAGCAGUUUGAGCAGCUGCAAAACACCUUGAGAGAACAGUGCAAGACUCAGCAGCUCCAGGAAAGCCUCCAGCAGCAGGCUGAGCAAACAUGCAGGCAGCUGAUCAGGACCCAGGAGGAACACGAGCAGCUGCUGCAGGCAGCUUUGGAGGAGGCUGAGGGGCUGGAACAGAGUCUGAGGAAUGCUGAAGCUCUGCUGGCAGAGAGGGCAGCUCAACUCAGAGAUGCCCAAGCCCAAGUCUCCAGGAACAAACUACUGAUUGAAGAGCUCCGUGGAGAGAACAGGAGGUUUGCAAUGGCCCUGCAGGCUGCUGAGCUGAAGCAGAGGAGCAUGGAGGAGAAGAACCAGCUGUUGGAGGAACAAGCCUCAGCUCUGAAGCAUCUUAUUGGAAAAAUCACACCAGCAUCUCUGAGUGGGUGAUGGGACAUCUUCAGUGGCAGCUCCUGGGCCUGGCUGCAGCUGGUCAGGUGCAGAAUGGGAUAUGGAUGGGUUGGGAAAUCAGCCUUGUCCUUUCUGGUCUUGCCAGGAUUUUCCUGUGCAGAAAAUAGCAAAUGGGGAGCCUGGAGUUCUUUGAGGAAACUGGUCCUGUGAAUAGCUGAAUUUUCCAACUGAAAGCAGCAGCCUUGGUGCCUUUCUCAGUGGCAGUGUGCUGUUAUGUCAUGUCUGUCUCAGGGCAGCCAUCUCACAGGAUUUUCUUUGGCAGUGUUUGGUGGUGAUGCAGGUGCUCCCUCUCUGCAGACGGUUGAUGUUGGAGCCACAUUUACAUACUGAAAGCCAGGGCAGAAGGGCUUGCAGGUUGCCUGGCUUGCUCUGAGCAGGAAAGCUGAGUAGUUGCAUUAAAAUGUUUGUAAUGUUACAGCACCUCCUGCUA